GUACCCGUAUAGGUACCAUCAAUCCAGUUCGGAUGCUUGUACGAGUGCGCACAUGGUUGGAGCAGGACUUAAAUUGAAGUGCUUUCCUUUGAGAACCGUCAUAAUCUAUUUAACCGCGCUACGAUCAGUGCUAGUAUAUUUUUUCCUGAUAAUAAAAAGUGCCUUUUGUAAACUGAUUGGUCGAAUCUCGUUUUCGAUAGUGAACGAUAGUCAAGUGUUUGGGUGUGAAUUUGAGAAUAUUGUUUAGUGUCUAGAAGAUCUGACCUUCUCUAGUGGUGAACGAAAUUGGACGAAACAUGAGUGCGACCUUGAAGAAUGUCCUGGUGGUUGGUGGUGGAGGUCGCGAACAUGCCAUGUGCUGGAAGCUGGCCCAGAGCCCCAAGGUGGCCAAGCUGUACGCCCUGCCUGGCAGUCCAGGUAUCGGCCAGUUGGAUAAAGUGACCCUCGUCAGCGAUAUCAGUGUGAAGAAUCUCGACGCGAUAGUUGCAUGGUGCAAGAGCCAUGCAAUCGAUCUGGUUGCGGUGGGACCUGAGGAUCCUCUUGCCGAAGGGAUUGGCGAUAAGCUCCAGUCGGCGGGCAUCAAGUGCUUCGGGCCGAGCCUGAAGGGAGCGCAGAUCGAAGCGGAUAAGAAUUGGUCCAAGGACUUUAUGCACCGGCAUGGUAUUCCGACGGCGCGAUACUCUUCGUUCACGAAGGCGGAUGAUGCGAAGGCGUUCAUUGGAAGCGCCUCGUUCGACGCACUGGUGGUGAAAGCCAGUGGCCUGGCCGCCGGCAAGGGCGUCAUCGUAGCGGAGAACAAAAAUCAAGCCUGCGCUGCAGUCGACGAGAUCCUUGGCGACAAAAAGUUCGGCUCGGCCGGUGACGUAGUGGUGGUCGAAGAGAAGCUAACCGGCGAGGAGGUAUCCGUACUGGCGUUCGUGGACUCCAAAACCGUCCGCGUAAUGUUGCCUGCCCAGGACCACAAACGGCUACAAAACGAAGACCGGGGACCGAACACCGGCGGAAUGGGAGCCUACUGUCCCUGCCCGAUCAUCACCCAGGAAGAGUUGAAGAUGGUCACGCGAGAAGUGCUGCAGCGCGCCGUAGAUGGCCUACGCAAGGAAGGCAUCAAAUACAACGGCGUACUGUACGCGGGAAUGAUGCUUACCCCCAGUGGACCGAAAACAUUGGAGUUCAACUGUCGCUUCGGGGAUCCUGAGACGCAGGUCAUUCUACCACUGUUGCAGAGUGAUCUGUUCGAGGUCAUGGAGGCUUGUUGCGAGGAUCGUUUGGAGAGCGUGGAGUUGAAGUUCCGGCAGGACGUGCACGCCGUAGGCGUGGUUAUGGCAAGCAAGGGAUACCCGGAAACCUCUACCAAGGGUUGCGUCAUCAAAGGUCUUGAAUCGAUCGAGAAACGUCCGGAUCAUCUAGUGUUCCACAGUGGAGUCGGUAGAAACGCAGAUGGUGAAUUUGUGACCAAUGGGGGUCGAGUGCUGAUCAAUGUGGUACUUCAGCCGAGUCUUCGAGCGGCAGCUGCCUUGGCUUCGGCAGCAUGUUUCGACGUCAAGUUCGAUGGAUCGCAGUACAGGACCGAUAUAGCCCAGAAGGCAUUGAAAUAUUCGCAGCUGACAUACAAAGGGUGUGGAGUUGAUCGCGAAGCGGAGAGCGACCUUCUCAAGCGAAUCGAACCACUGGCCAGAGGCACGGACCGUCCCGGUACCUUGAGAUCCUUCAAAGGUUUCGGAGGUCUUCUUCGAAUGAAAGAGGUCACCUACGAGGACGGCACCGGCAAACAUGUCACCUACAAAGAUCCCGUGCUGGUACAAGGAACGGACGGUGUCGGAACUAAGCUAAAAAUUGCCGAAACCAUGAACUAUUGGGACAGUAUCGGUAUCGAUUUGGUAGCCAUGUGCGUGAACGAUGUGCUUUGUGCCGGAGCAGAGCCGUUGGCAUUCCUGGAUUACAUAGCCUGUGGCAAGCUGGAUGUGCCGACGGCUGCGCUGAUCGUCAAGGGAAUUUCCGAAGGCUGUCGUGAAACCCAUUGUGCCCUGCUGGGCGGUGAAACUGCUGAAAUGCCUUCGAUGUACGAACCUGGAAAGUACGACUUGGGAGGAUAUUGCGUCGGAGUUGUAGAGCACGACGCAAUCCUUCCGAGGGUGGAUGAUAUCAAAAGUGGAGAUCUGUUGAUCGGGCUCCCGUCCAGCGGAGUUCACAGCAACGGAUUUAGUUUGGUCAACAAAAUUCUCUCCGCCAAUGGGUACAAACUGACUGACGUUGCUCCAUUCAGUAAACACAAGCUAUCUUUCGGAAUGGAAUUGCUGAAACCGACUACACUGUACAUCAAAUCAGUGUUGCCAGUUUUGCGGAAAGGUCAAGUCAAGGCCUUGGCACACAUAACCGGUGGUGGUUUGGUCGAAAAUAUUCCUAGGGUCCUCUCAGCAGAUUUGGCCGUGGAAAUCGACGCCAACAACUUCAAAAUUCUGCCCGUCUUUGGUUGGUUGGCUGCCAAUGGUAAUGUGCCCGAUUCCGAAAUGUUGCGAACCUUCAACUGCGGAGUUGGUAUGGUCCUUGUAGUGCCUCCCAAUGACAAGUCCUGGGAAUCGCUUAAACCAUACGGAGGUGCAGUCAUCGGCAAGGUCUUGAAUCGCAAAUCCCCUAGCACACCACAAGUCGUUGUUAACAAUUUCAGUCAAGCAAUCGCUGAAGCUUCCAAACCUUUCAAGGGUACCACAACUAAAGUUGCGAUUACGUACAAAGACAGCGGAGUGGACAUAACAGCUGGAGACAAUUUGGUAACAAAGAUCAAACCAUUCGCGAAGGCUACCACCAGGAAGGGUUGCAUCGGAGGCUUGGGAGGUUUCGGAGGCCUUUUCAGAUUGAAGGAAGCCGGAUCUUUUAAGGACCCAGUUCUGGUUUUGACGACGGAUGGAGUUGGAACCAAACUGAAAAUCGCACAACAGAUCAACCAACACGGGACGAUCGGUAUUGAUCUGGUUGCGAUGGGAGUUAACGAUGGUCUGUGCAAUGCCGCUGAGCCAAUGAAUUUCUUGGAUUACUACGCCUGUGGUCACCUCGAGGUUGAUGUAGCUGCACAGGUGAUCUCAGGAAUUGCAAAGGGUUGCACAGAGAGUGGGGCGGCUCUGCUUGGAGGAGAAACCGCCGAAAUGCCUGGAAUGUAUGAGAAAGGAAGCUACGACCUUGCAGGAUUUGUUUUGGGCGUUGCCGAGUACGAUCAUCUUCUGCCAAGAACUUCCAGCGUGACUGAGGGUGACGUAGUCAUUGGACUGCCUUCAUCUGGUCUGCACAGCAACGGCUUCAGUCUGGUACAUAAAGUCAUGAACUACGCUGGACUGAGCUACAACGAUCGAGCAUCUUUCAGCGCAACAAACAAAUCUCUUGGAGAAGAACUUCUCACACCAACCCGCAUCUAUGCUAAAGAACUUCUUCCCAUACUGAAAGCGAAUCUCGUGAAAGCAUUGACUCAUGUAAAAACUGGCGGUCUAGCUGAGAAUCUUUCGAAAGUUCUUUCACAAGGUACUCGGGUGGAAGUCGACGCCUCUCAAUUCCACAUCCCACCCGUUUUCGGAUGGCUUUCCAAAACUGGUAAUCUCUCAGCGCAAGAAAUGCUACAUACAUUCAAUUGUGGAGUUGGAAUGGCAUUGGUUGUUGCCAAGCAGCAUGCUCAAACAGUUCUGGAGAAGCUUCAAAGUCAAAGGGCGACCCUAAUUGGACGAGUUCUCAAUUCCAGUGUCGAUGAACCCAAAGUAACCGUCCUGAACUUCGUUGAAUCUCUCAAGACGUGUCAGCUGACCAGCUGUCUUCCCAAGAAACGCAUCGCUGUGCUGAUAUCUGGCUCGGGAAGUAAUCUCCAGGCACUGAUCGACGCCACAAGGGACACUACCUGCGGUAUUCGAGGAGAAAUAGUUUUCGUUCUGGCGAACAAGGACAACAUUUAUGGUUUGGAACGGGCAGCUAAGGCCGGUGUUCCUUCCAAGGUCAUCCUGCACAAACAAUUCCCAACCCGGGAUCAAUUCGACGCAGCUAUGUUCGAAGAGCUGGAACGACAGAAGAUUGACCUCAUCUGCUUAGCAGGAUUCAUGCGUAUCCUUUCGGAGGAAUUCGUCAAGAAAUGGAAGGGACGUCUGAUCAACAUCCAUCCUGCUUUGCUGCCGAAACACAAGGGAAUUCAUGCUCAACGGCAGGCGCUGGAGGCCGGAGAUUCCGAGUCGGGUUGUACCGUGCACUACGUCGACGAGGGAGUCGAUACCGGGGCCAUCAUUUUGCAGGAGAGGGUACCGGUUUUGAAAGACGACACCGAAGAGACACUAACCGAGAGAAUCCACCGUGCGGAGCAUGUUGCAUUCCCUAAAGCACUGCGACUGGUAGCCAACGGGUUGAUCAGUCUAAACAAGGACGGAAAGGUGCAGUUGCAUUAGAACGACGAACAGUGGUAGAUGUUAGUGAUAGAAAUGUAUCUUUUAUAAAAUAAAACUUUGGAUAUAAUA